AUGGGAAAAAGAACAAAAUGGGAAUAUCGUUACUUAAAAACAAGUAGAGGGGUGUAUAUAGGAGGCAUAAAAAAUAAGAAGAAAAACGGAUGGGGAAUCGCAAUUAACAACAAUGGAAACAAAUACGAGGGGCUGUUCCAGAACGACCAGAAACAUCUGGUUGGGUCAGAGCUUCUCUGCUGUUUGCACAGCCAUAGCUACAAACAGAGUGGAAAAAAUGCUGACCAGAACAGCGAAGACGAAUUCGAAAAGGGAAAUAUCUGCCUUCAUGAUAAUAGAUAUAUAUAUAUAGGGGCGUACGAAGAAGGGAAAAAACAUGGGAAUGGAAUUCUAAUUGACUACAACACGUAUGCUAUGUACAGCUGCAUAUUUCUGAGGAACGAAAUAAUAUAUAAAGAUAUUUUAUUUUCCGCCGUUAAUAAUUUUCCGCUCCAAUGUGACAAGUACAGAUUGGCUGCGCUUUUUCAGGAGAAAGGAAUGGACAAGGGGGGGACGCACAAGGCGCCUCCGCGCAGAAUAGAUAGGAUCAAAAUGGAGGGAGAAGCCAAAGGGUGUGAAUAUGACGAUAACGCAGCGGAUGGGGGUUGCCUUGACGGAGGCGCUCCUGAAAAAGAAAGCCCCGCUCAGGAAGAAGGCCCCACCAGUGGAAAUUCAGAACAGACUGAACAGAGCAAAAGAGAGCGAGACAUGCACUCCUUCAUAGAGAACCAGUACAAGUACAACAUUUUCAGCUACGUCCACUUUUACCAACAGUUAGUGAAAAAAAUAAAGAGAGAAAAUUCAAGCGAGCUUUUUUCCCAUUCUGCACAUAAAAAGGAAGUACACAUUGGGGAGAGCAAAGGGGAGAAUUUCCCAAAAAGUACGUUAAAAAGCGAACAGCAGAAAAAAGACAGGAACGAGUUUUGCCCUAAUCAUAGGAAGAGCAAACUCCCAUGUCGCACGUCUGCACGGAAUGGCUCAAUUGACAAACCACCCAGUGAGGAGCGCGAAAAGGAACAAACUGAUAAAAUUCUCAUUAAAAACAUUCACAACAAGAUUGAACAUUUCGCAAUGGAGAAGAUGCUGAUGGAACCUCUUGGAAAAAUCAAAUGGGUAAAUGAUAUCUCCAAUGAAGAGGCUGUGGAGGGCAUCUUUUACCCCCCAAAUGAGGAGACUACGCGUGAUACAGAGAAAGGUAGGUUGGAGACCUAUGGGGGGAGUGUAACUCGUGAUGGUAGUGGAUGCAGCAAUAACUUCGCGCAUGUCAGUGGCCGAGGAGUUAUUCUCGAAACGGAGUUGCUUGAAAAGAGGGAGGAAUUGUCCAAUGAUGGGGAUCGUGCCAUGUGUAGAGGCGCAAUUUUUAGGAGCACACUGGGUCAUAAGUUUCCAGACUCGGCCACUGCCAAGGAUGGCAUUUUCGUGAUGAGAGAGACGGAAAAAGCAAAUGAGGAAUACGUCGUGGGGAAGGGGGGGCACAUCCUCGGGAAGGAAAACGCCGGUGGUAUUGCGGCUGAAGGGAAACUCUGUAACGGCGAAUUCAGCCAGGAGGGUAUGGAAACUCUCACCGUCGUGAGAAACAUGGAAAGCGAGGAUUCCGUGGGAGGGGGUGGCGAGAGCCACCAGAGCGGCGGUAGUAAUGGCAUCAAUGGCAGCCGUGUAAGCAGUAGCAUCAAUGAAAGAAGUGGAAGCGGCGUGAACGGUGGCUCCGAUAAGAGGAGUUCUCUGAGAGGGAGCCCCGAGAUAGAGACAACUGCACAUCGCGCGAGGAAGGUUAGCCACAAAGCGGGUAAACGUAAUAGUAACCCAUUUUUGAAGCAAACGAGUGAUGAUCAGCUGAGCAAAGAAAUAGAAAGUCUUCUUCCAAGAUGGUUAAGGAAGAAAGAAAAAAAAAGGUGCCUGUCAUAUGCACAGAACUGUGUAUACUGGGAUGUAUUUGAAUUAAAUUUUUUUUUCUUCUUUGUGGGAGUUCCAAAAAAGGCGAUAGAAAUUUUCGUACGAAAUGAGAUGGACGGGUACUGCCUAAAAUAUAUGGAGGAGAAGUUAUUAAAACGUAUGGGCCUACACGAUAGGGUAGUAAAAAAGUACGUCACCCUAUGUGUGCAGUUUCUUCUGCGAUUGAGAGAAAAGUAUAAAUACAGAAAAAGGAGCAAGAGAGGAAAUGGCAACGUCCAAGAGGAGGCAUUCGUUCUGAAGAGAAACAAAUUGCACUACCUAAAUUUGGUAGGCAGGGGGGGGUAUAGCAAUGUGUACAGAUGCAUAUAUGGAGAUAAACUACUGACAUUUAGUGAUGAUUAUUUUUGCAUGAAAUAUUCAGCUAACAAUAUAGCGUUAAAAAUAUGUAAUAAUAACAAGUAUAGGUACGAGUUUUGCUCCGAAAUGGAUAUUUUGUCGACCUUAAGGCACCCUAACGUUUCCCUUUUUCUAGGUGCACUAAAAUCCCCCCAAGGAAUAGCUCUAGAAUAUAUAAACGGUGGAAGCAUAUUUGACCUAAUACAUAAACGUAGAGUAAAAAUAAAAUUAAGAGACAUCAUGAAAAUGGCAAAAGACAUUGCUGCCUUUAUGUCCUUUCUCCACUAUAAGGGUAUUCUACAUUGCGAUUUAAAAUCAUCAAACAUUCUGCUGUCCAUGUCGGGGCAAAUCAAAAUCUGUGAUUUUGGAUUAUCGGUACAGAACUUUACUCAAAAGCCGAGGUUUCUUGGAAUUGUCGGUACCUACCAGUGGACAGCUCCAGAGAUUUUAAGAGGGGAAGGAUACACUCCACAGGCGGACGUAUACUCCUUUGGAGUCAUUUUGUGGGAAAUGCUACAUAGAGAGAUCCCAUUUCGCGAACUGAAGCAUCCCUUGGAUAUUAUUGCAUGCGUUGGAUAUGGCAGAAAGGAGCUAACCAUCAGCAGAGCCAUCCCACCCCCCGUGAGGUACAUUCUGAAGAGCUGCCUGCAUAGAAAUAGGCAGAAGCGUAAAUCCUUUUUUUUCUGGUCGGAGUACUUGGACAUGUUCCGCGGGAUGUGA